AUGGCGGACACAGCCCCCGCCCAGGCCGCUAUGCCUGCGACUGGCGCACCCGCACCAACGAACGGCGUCACCACAGGAGCCUCGAAUGCGCCCAGCGAUCAGAAUACCGCAAACCGCGGCCUACCAUACUACGAGAAGUUGCGACGGGAGCUUCGGGAUACGAUACAGAAGAAGCGCCUGAUGGACAAGAGCAUGGCCCAACUCGAGGACCAGAUCUUCCGAUUCGAACAAACCUACCUCGAAGAAACGACGGCCGGCAACAUCAUCAAAGGUUUCGACAACUACAUCAAGGGCUCAUCAAGCGGCUCUAGUCUCGGUGCUUCCGGGCUAAGUCUCGGAUCAGGCGUUGGCGGGCGGCGCAAAGCACAAGUAACAGAUUCCGACCGAGUUUUCUCACGAAGCUCAGCAAGCUACAUGCUGGAAUCCCCCGGCCCAUCCUCCGCACAAACGACCCCCUCUCACGCCGCAACACCGACCUCCACAGCGGGCGGGAACGCGCCUUCAAACAAGAGCACUGGCGGCGACUCUACGACGGCAUCUAAAGCUGGCGGUGGCGGCUCGUCCAAAAAUAAGAAGAAGGCUAGUGGUGGCUCGAAGAAUACCAAGGGCAAGAAUCAGACCGAUGAUCUUUCAGAUGAUGCAGAUUCUAAGCCACCUGUGAAACGAUUGAAGAUUAGCUACGGACGAGAUUAG